UCCCAAUAAGCAAACCAUGUUAGUUAAAUGUAUUUUAUAUGCAGAUUUCACCUAAAAGUUCACUGUAAAUCCUUACAGACACAUGUUCUCUGCGGGCGUUUGUUCACAGAUCUCUCGGAGUCCGUGUUACAGAACAUAACCUGAACGCAUCGUGAAGGAUUCACGUAAAUAUUUCUGCAAAAUAUCUCCAGAUGGCUUCAUUUGGCUGGAAGAGGAAGGCUGGAGAGAAGGUGUCGCAGACGGCGGUGCAGCAGUUCGAGGCUGAGGCGGAGAAAGCUGCAGAUGGACCGAGCCAGGAGGACGUGGACUGGCUGGGAGCCAUCAAACGACGAAGAGAGGUCCUGCUGGAAGACUGUGGUCAGAAGAGCCAGAGGCUCAAAGGUGAAGGUGUGCAGCUGGCUGAGCAGGGCAGGCACUGGGAAGCCAUAAAGAAGUGGGACGAGGCUAUCCAUCUGACUCCAGACAACCCACAGCUGUAUGAAAUGAAGUCUCAGGUGCUGACCAUUCUACACGAAGUGUUUCCAGCUGUGAAAGCAGCAGAGAUGGCUGUGAAGUUCCACCCGCUGUGGUGGGAGGGCUGGCAGACUUUGGGCCGAGCUCAGCUCAACCUGGGAGAGGUGGACCUGGCCGUGAGGUCCUUCCAGAUGGCGAUCCACCUGUGCCCAUCAGAGAACACCUUGUGGCAGGAGGACCUGAAGUGGGCAUGGGCGUUACAGAAGCAGAAUUUAGCAACCAAGGAGAAGAACAGGCAGGAAGAGGAGACCGAAAAGAAGAUCUUUAACGCUCCUGAGCUGGAGCAGGACUAUGACUUUGAGUCAGAAGAAGUGCUGGCGGCCUGCAUGGCCGUCGCAGAGCGACAGAUGCAGUACGAGGAGCUGAAGAGGACCAGCGUGGUCGUCGACACCGAGGGGAAUGUGAGAAACGUAGUGAGCGGGGAAGAGGGAUCAGAAGACGCAGUGACGCCGUCAAAAGAUCAUCUGGUCAAAGCAAGAGGGGUUUGAACUGUGUGAACUCACUGUCCUGGCUACAUUUUUUUUGUAGGAGUCAGUGGUAUUAUUUUUUCAUUUUAUUAUGAAACCACUGAGAGUGCAGAAUUAGAACAUAAAACCAUCAUUUUAAUGGCAAAGAUGAGUCAGUUUAGUCAAGAUAUAUAUUUAAUAAUUGAGUUUUCUUCGUUGUGUAUUCCAGACGCUAAUGUUAAUUGUGGCAAUGGUGCAUGUUGACUUUUUAUAGCUGCUCUGACUCAUUGAGCUGGAACUGGAUUUGAUACCAGAAGGAUAGAAAAACCAGUCUGAGAGUCAAGUUUCAGUCCUCUAGUAUGUUUAUGUGAGAAGACACCCAGUGUACAUCUUGAGCUAAUGUUUCAUCUUAAAACGGGCAUUUUAUUUGUAACUGCACACAUGAAAACAGUACAUUGAAUGGAAUCAGUGGUCUGUAAAAUAUCAACUGGGGUACAGAAAAAUACGUGCCAGCAUAAAUAUAGAUGAUUUAUGGAGGCAUAUCAACCUUUCUCUUCCUCUUUUAGACUUGUGGUGAGUCAUUGUGAAUGAAUGAGGAAAAUAAAUACAGGUUUUUUGCUUUAAAAGAUUGUGCACACUCAGCAAAAUGUCAAUGAUUGAAUAAAAAUGAA